GAUAGUGGCGGACAUUUACGGUUUGACGUCAAUAACCGAAAGAAUGCGUAAUGCGAAGCAGAGUGUUUUAUUUGUUUUCGUAUUAUUCUUUUGUUUUAAUGUGAAAGGACAAGAUUAUGAAGUGGGUGAAGAGUGCUUCACAGAAGGAGGGUCGGCAGGAGUCUGUAAAUAUCUCACGCAAUGCCAAACUGCCAAAGAUAACAUUAAGAAGGGCAUAUAUCCAACGGAUAUUUGCGGAUAUGACGAUACACAGGUGAUAGUUUGUUGUGUACCACAAAGACAAGCAACGCCUCCCCCUGUACGGCCAAUUAUAACCCAAUCCACUACGCAAAAAGUUACAACUAGGACACCAAACCGAGUUGGUAAUCAGCCAGGAGACAAAGCUAAUGAGAUGUGCAAAGCGUAUUCCCAAUACGCGUAUGAGAAGAUUGAGAGUCCUACAUUGUCAAUCCUCACAAGCUUCUCAACUAUUUUGGAAUGUCCAAUUUCUACGCAACCCCUGAUUGUAGGUGGAACUAAAGCAGGACGAAAAGAAUUCCCACAUAUGAUUCAAAUUGGUUAUGGCUCUCCUGAUACCAGUUGGGACUGUGGAGGUACACUAAUUAGUGAGAAUUUCAUUUUAACCGCUGCCCAUUGCUUGCGCGGUGGCAAAGGAGAUGCCAAAUUUGCCAGGGGAGGUCUUGCAAACCAAUCAGACACACAUCACGUUCAAGUCAGAAAUAUCAUUAAGCUAAUAAAACACCCCAGCUACACCUUCGAAAAAUAUCAUGAUAUAGCUCUUUUAAAAGUUGACAGAAAUUUUGAUUUCAACACGUUUUUACGUCCAGCAUGUCUUUACACUAAAAAAGAAUUCCCUGUGAAACACGCUGUAGCUACAGGCUGGGGUUUAACUGAAUUCGCUGGAGAAGGGAGCGAAGAUUUACAGAAAGUUAUUUUGGAGUAUUUUACAACGGCACAAUGUAACAAUACUUAUAGGAGAAUUAUAAAUUCAGCUAACACGGAGCUACCUAAUGGAAUUAUUGAAGAUUUUAUGAUUUGCGCAGGAUCUUCAGAGGAUAGGAAAGACACCUGCCAGGGUGAUUCUGGCGGCCCUCUUCAAAUUGUUCAUGAAGAUACAAAAGAGGUCAAGUGUAUGUAUAAUAUUAUAGGAGUUACUUCGUUUGGUGUUGCUUGUGGCAUUGGAAGAAACCAGCCGGGAGUUUACACAAGAGUAUCUUACUACAUAAAGUGGAUAGAAGACAAUGUAUGGUCAUAGCAGCAGACUGAUUUUUAGUUAUUAAGUAUUUUUUUAUAAGUAAUAUCAAUAGAGUUUACAGUAAACAGGGACAAAUACCCAAGGAAUGAUUUUUGCAUUGACUGUUGUAUAUACGUAAUAUAAAUAUAAGUUUUAU